AUGGAAGUAAAUCAAGUUAAAAAUGGAAAUUAUUCUCACUAUUACGAUUUCCGGACGUCGGAUAGUCGCUCGGCAAUACUAAAAACGUUGCUCGAAGCAUUGCCGCUCAACACCCUUAGUCAACCGAGCGACGAGAGUCUUUUUCUGCUGGAUGUCGGCUGUAAUCUGGGCCACUUCACCGCCAAAGUAAAACGCAUAGUGCACGAAGUCACCGGCCGUAAAAUUUGUGCCGCCGGCUUGGACAUUGACCCGGUGCUGUGCGAACGAGCGAGUAGCGCCGUUCCCGAUGUGGACUUUCUCUGCGGGAACAUUCUCGAGAUCGCAACCCAGCGGCAACCGGAAGAUCCGAUUGCGACCUAUGUGCGCCAGCACGGCAUAGCGGAGUUCGACGUAGUAUGUUGCUUCUCUGUGCUAAUGUACGUUCACCUGAACGGUGGUGACGAGGGUCUGCGAUCCGCUCUGGAUUACUUGUGCCGUAGGGGAAAGGUUUUGAUACUAGAACUACAACCGUGGAAAAAGUACCGUGACCAGGUGCGACGUCUCAAGCGGUCCUCCGGCGAGGAAUACCCGAGGUACGGCGAGCUAGCCUGGCGAGGUGGAUGUGGCAAACUAGAGGGCUUCAUUACGGGCCACAUCGUGGAGAACGGAUUUGAACUGCUGCAGGAGUCUAGCGAGCGGACUGAAUUCGAUCGCCAGUUGUGGGUUUUCCGCAGAAAAGCUGACCACUUCUAAUAAUAUUAUUUGGAUUGCAUGCGCUCGUGUGGUAAAGAUCAUUCGAAGGCACCGUUCAAAGUUAUUAUCAAACAAGAGAGCAAGUCCGAAGCUGUGGUGGCGGAGAUGAAUUACUAAAUCAACGUCUGGCAUUACUAUCGCGACCGUAAAGCGGAUUGAUUGAAUUAUCCCCUCGCGGGCGGCCGUAUCACAUCAUCAAAAAGCCCCAGCUCGCUGUAACAACCACCACGCAGAACG